AUGGCCGAUGCGCAAGAUAAAGAAUCUCGUAUUGUAAAAGUUAUAUCUGGCUUAAAUUCUCGUAAUAAAAAAUUACAAGACAGGUAUAUAGAGCAAGAGGAGAAUUUUGAUCAAGAAAGAAAGGGAUGGGAUCGGAGUAGAAAGAAGUGGAGUAAAAAACUAGGAGAGGUUGUUACUGAGAACCAAAACCUGCAGUUUGAAAAUGCUAACAAAACUAUUGCUCUUGCUAAUUUUAAAUCUGAGAUUGAUAUAAAAUCCAAGGAAAUUAUAAUACUUCGGUCUAUGGAAAAAAUAUUAGAAAGUAGAUUAACAUCAGCUCAGAAUGACGCAGUUUCAACCCAGGAAGAAAUAUUAAAAAAAGAAUCCGAGAUCGCGUCUCUCAAGUCUGAAUUGACGAAUUUAAAAAAUGAAUUGGUUUUGAAAAUUAGUGAGCUUGAUUAUCAGAAGUCGGAGGCUAUAUCAAAACCCGUAAUUGGUGGAGAUGACGAAAAAAAAUACGCAGAGCGAGGAACAAAGUUCCAUAACCAAGCCUGA